AUGACCGAGCUUUUAUUCAAAGUGAUUAUUAUUGGUGACCCUUUUGUCGGCAAAACAUCAUUUGUUCAAAAGUAUGUUAGUAACACUUUCCGCAAAGACUAUAAGAUGACAAUUGGAGUGGACUUUGCCUUGAAAGUGAUCAGAUGGUCACAUAAAUACAACAUCAAGCUUCAGCUGUGGGAUAUUGCUGGACAAGAGAGGUUCACAUCAAUGACCAGAGUUUACUACAAGGAUGCACAUGCCUGUUUGAUCAUGUUUGACUUAACCCAGAAGAGCACAUUUCAGAACACUGUCAGAUGGAAGCGAGAUCUGGAUCAAAAGUGUAACUUAGUUGAUGGCUCUCCUGUGCCUUGUUUACUGUUGGCUAAUAAAUGUGAUGACAUAGAGCACAGGGAGGUAACUCAGGAAGAAAUUGAAGAGUUAUGCAAGGAGUUUAAUUUCCUGGGUUGGUCGGAGACAUCUGUGAAGGACGGCUUGAUGAUCGAAGAAUCCAUGGGAUUUUUGCUUGAAGAAAUGAUGGCCAAACACGCAGAAUUAGAAGGAAUUUCUGAUUCCUUCCAGGCCACAGGUUCUAAUCCCUUGAAGGAUGAGGAAACAUCAUCAUCCAAAUGUCCCUGCUGA